AUGGCAAAGAUGAAACUGAAAUUGAGGAACCAAGGUCCCUAUGUUGUAAUGGACAGUGGGGUGGUAAAGCUCACAAUCUUGAAGCCUCAAGGGUAUUUAACUGGCAUCAGUUAUGGAGGAAUGGACAAUCUUUUAGAUGUCAAGUCAAAUGAAACCAGCAGAGGAUAUUGGGAUAUCAACUGGAGUUUGCCAGGAGGCCAAAACAGAUAUGAACCACUCAAAGGAGCUGAAUAUAGUGUUGUUCAUCAUAGCAAUGACAGCUUAGAAGUUUCAUUCAAGAACACCUUCAUUCCAUCAUCCGCUAACGGCGUCAAAUUGCCGCUAAGUGUGGAUAUAAGGUACAUUGUAAAGACUGGUGUUUCAGGCUUCUACAAUUACGCAAUAUAUGAGCGGCCUUCUGGAUGUCCUGCCUUCGAUCUUGCGCAGACAAGGAUGGCGUUUAAACUGCGAAGAGAGAAGUUCCACUACAUGGCAAUAACAGAUGAGAAACAAAGGAUAAUGCCAAUGCCUGAGGAUGUGCUUCCACCAAGAGGCAAACAACUAAUCGUGCCUGAAUCAGUUUUGCUUUUAGAUCCCAUCAAUCCUGAUCUCAAAGGCGAGGUUGAUGAUAAGUAUCAGUACUCGAUGGACAACAAAGACAGUGGAGUCCAUGGAUGGAUAAGUUCCGGCCCCACUGUAGGGUUUUGGCUCAUCUUUCCCAGCCAGGAGUUCCGAAAUGGCGGUCCUACGAAACAAAAUCUUACCGUCCACACUGGUCCAUUCUGCCUUGCUGUAAAAGUCUAUCACUCAAAUUCAAUAAUAAGACAUUUCCAGUUGAGGAUCAGCUAA